AUGACCUUUUAUCUGGCCUUCUUCUGCCUUUCCUGUCAUGGUUUCAUGAUUUUUGUCACCUUCGCGAUCCGCAUGGUGAGGUUUGAACUGAAUGAAUGGGCAGAUAGAGGCGAGAUCAGAUUAUCUUACAUUCUUCAUGAGUGUCCUGAAGACUUUCGGUAUCUUGAUCAUCCUGUCUUUCAAGGUGUUGUAAAUCCAAUUCAACCAGUCAUUAACCACUGCGACAAAUUUUCAUCAGAGCGAAAGAGAACGCUGAUAGGAGAAGGUUUCUUGGAAGAGUUUAGUCUGAGGAAAUCUUCAGAUCCGAAACAAUUGGCGGCCCUCGGUAUAUGUAAGACUCCUUCUCGAAGCAGUUCUGAUUUGCGACUCGGAGAGAAUGUGCAUGUGUCAAAAGCCGCUUUCAAGUGGCUCAGUUCCAUGGACCUCUUUGGAAGGCUCAAAUUGUCGAAUGCUACAAAGGUGAAGCGUAGUACUAGUACUUCAUACUGGAACAGCAUACCUCGUGUGGAGUCUGCAGAAAGUGCGUAUGACAUCAGAUAUGUCAUAAGGAAUUCAUGUCAAGUCCAAUAUUUGUUUGUGGUGGCAGAGCGCAAGCGAAAUUACGAGUACCAUGAUAACGAACGAUCAGUGUCGAGUUCAGACAAACCUGGGGAGCAUAAAGUGGCGGUGCACUCUUAUGGAGCUCCGGUCGCCGAUACAACUGCGCUAUUCCCGCAUAAUGUGAUAGAGCUUCGGUCUCCCGGGGGGGUUUCUGAUGGUCUGGAUCUUGCAAAGCCCAGAACAUCAGCCUCGUUUCGAAGACUUGAAUGUUGGACCAUGGUUGUGGUUGAGCACUUGGCGAAUGACGCAAUGUGA